AUGGCCAGCACCCCGACCCAGACCGUCAUCCUCGGCGCAGGCAUCAUUGGUCUCUCCACCGCCUACUACCUCGCCCACACCCCCGAUGUCGACCCUGCCUCCAUCCACAUAGUCGAGUCCGCCGACGAGCUGUUUUGCUCUGCCUCGGGCCUCGCCGGUGGCUUCCUCGCCGAAGAUUGGUUUGCGCCCUCUGUUGCCCCGCUGGGCGCCCUGUCCUUCCGCCUGCACAAGGAGCUCGCCGAGAAGCACGACGGCCGGAACAAAUGGGGCUACUGCCUGAGCAUUGGCACCUCCCUCAGCCAGGACCCGGAGAACAGCGAAGAGGCCGUGCUUGGUAGCGGAGAGGACUGGUUGCGCAACGGCACCAGCCGCGCCAAAGCUGCCGGCGGCCAGGACCACUUCGAGAAGGGCGAGGGCCCCGCGUGGUUGGCGCUGAAGCCUGGCAGCAGCCUCGAGGUCAUCAGCCAGGACGCGAGCACUGCGCAGAUCGAUCCUAAGCGCCUGUGCGAGUGGUUGCUGGACCAAUGCCGCGAGAGGGGCGUCCAUCUCCACCACCCGGCGAAGGCUGUCGGCGUGUCGAGAGACGAGAAGGGUUUGAUGAGCGCAAUCCGCGUUGCCACUGAGACUGGCAUGGAGGUGGAAAUCCCCUGUGCCCGCCUCGUUGUCACUGCUGGAGCCUGGACCCCAAGGGUUUUUACCACGCUGUUCCCGAAGACCAAUGUCCGGAUACCCAUUUCGCCCCUCGCCGGCCACUCACUCCUUCUUCGCUCGCCUCGAUGGACCAAGGAGCAAGAGGAUCUGGGCUGCCACGCUAUAUUCGCCACUGACACUCUCGGCUUCUCGCCUGAACUUUUCAGCCGACUUAGCGGAGAAAUCUACAUCGCAGGACUCAACACCACCCAGGUUCCUUUGCCGGAGCUUGCCUCGGAGGUCAAGCCCAGGGAAGACGCCAUGAAACAGCUGAAAGAGGUCGCAGCCACCAUGUGCGGUCUGCCGGACAAGGACAGUGACCUCGAGAUGCUUAGGGAAGGACUGUGUUUCCGCCCCGUGACUUCUAGUGGCAGACCGAUUAUUUCUCGAGUCCCCGACAUGAAGCUUGGCAUUCAGACUCUCGGCGGUGACAAAGGCGGCAUUUUCGUGGCUGCUGGCCAUGGCGCAUGGGGAAUUUCCCAAUCUCUCGGCACCGGAAAAGUCAUGACGGAGCUCAUCCGUGGCCAACCAACCUCCGUCAACAUCAAGGCGCUGGCCUUGCCCGCAUAA